CUGUUAUUUAACUACCCAUGUUGUGUUCGGAUUUGUAUCGAGGCAGACGAAAGUUAUUACAUUUUUGUCCGGUUGUCUUUCAUGUUUACGAAGGAGGAACAAAUAACAUACACAGAUUUUUGUAUUUCCAAAUUACGAUAUGCAACACCUUAAGAAGCAAAACAGCGACCGCCAGAAGAGACAAUCGCUGUAGAAACCCACAGAGGACUUCAGCGAGCAUAAUAUUUCACAUUUGUCGGAAGAAAGCGAUGUGAAGAGUUGAAUCAAACUCUAUGAAACGAAGCAUACUCGGAAAACAUUUAUUAAUAUCAAUUUUUGAUAUUAAGUGUUGUCGGAAAGAUAUUGUGUUCACUUCUGGACAGAAAAUUUGUCUAUUAAAACCAAAUUGACUACAUUCAUAAGGAUAGGUAUGCUGGUCUUUUGGAAAUGUCACGUUUUGAUAAGAACCCGCCAACUUUUAGCCCAGCAAACUGCGGAAAAAGUUUACUACACUGAACAUUCUUCAACAAAAUUGUACGGAUACGAAAGUGUUUUAGCUAUGACGCAUUGUGGUUUUCCAAAUGCAAAACAUUCACAAUGCAGAAGUGUACUUGUAAAUGGCGUAAAUGGAGAUGAAAAUGAUACAUCAUCUGUUUGCGUUCACAAAUAUGGCUCAACCAUAUUGUGUCAUGUUUCGCUGGUUGUGAUGAUGAACUUAGACGAACAUUUUUAUAAGACAAUAAAUCGUGUAUGUAUAUUCGCUGCACGGUAUUGCCAGACAUAUAUUUACACUGCUACUUACAACGUUGAAAUGGUUCUUUUUAUAAUAACAACACCGUGGGACGUGAGUGUAAAUUCGAAUCGUUGGUCCUUUAAAUAUUCAGUGAAAAUCAGGCGUAAGCUGGUUUUAAGCAAUCGAUUGAGCUCCGUAACAUAUUUAUCUAUCAAACUUCCAUUUUUCGAAUGUGUAAACCGAAUGGGUUAAACAAGAGCAGAUGUGCAAACACUGAUAAGCGCUUGCAGAAUGAAACAAAUGACAUGUAUUGGGAUUCGUCCAAAAGUUGUACUUUCACUUUUUCUGAAUGAACAUAAUGCCUUAUAUCAGGCUAAAUUCGAGAAUGAUGUAAUCAAAUUGUGUUUAUCUGGUGCAAACGCAGAUAAAAGUCUUCCAGUGCAGAAAAGGAUAAGUAACAUCGAGGUCACCGCUAAUAAACAUGUUGAAACAGUCGUAAAUUAUCGACAUGGACGUCUAAAUGCCCGUAGUUCAUUUGGAACCGACAAGAAUGAAGCCAAUGUGGAAAACAGCGGUACUGUUGAAAUGCCGGACCUGAAUGAUCUCAUAAAUAAUUUACAACGCCUUUAUGCGGUGAAUAUUCUUGAUGAUGAAGCACAAAUUAAAGAGGUUCAAGAAGGAACACUCACAUGUCAAAACGGAAAAAUCCGAAAUAUAGUGUCAUGUUCAAAACAAGAUGAUUCAUUUGAAGAACAUAAUCAAACAACUAAAAAACAAUGUCAACCUCUAAAGGAUGUUGGGCGCAAAGGCAAUGAUAAUGAUAAGGGCAACUUAAAACACAUUUUUCAAGAUAUAGGUAGUGUCUUCAUAUCAGCACCGCGUGUAUGUAUUGUAGCUCCGGUAACCAGAAACGAACAUCGUGGUGAUGAACAGAAAGCCGUCGUGUUAAGAAAACUAUACGAUAUUGUUGAAAGGACGUUAAAGCAUGAAUCUGUUCCUGCACAGGAAAGCAUGAUGUUCGAACUAUUAAGGCUUUGUACUUUCAGAACAUUCCCGAAAGACAAAAAACCGGAUGUAAACGCAUUUUCCGCGGCGGGCUUUUACUAUGCGUCCAAAAAUGACGAGGUUAUUUGUUACAGUUGCUAUAAACGAAUCAGUAAUUGGGGAAACUCGGACGAUCCUUCCAUUGUUCAUCGGAGGAUAUCACCGGAAUGUAAGUUUAAUACAAAUAAUUCGGAAGUCAAUGUCUCAAAGGCAGUCACUACGUUGGUUGAAUCCGACAUCAUGGCAAAACUUCAAGGCACAAGAGGUUUGAGAAAUGCUUCCCAUGCCAACAAUGCCACAUUUUCAGCGCCAAAAGUACCAAGCAAUGUAAUAGAUGGCAAAAGUCCCUCAGCAACAGGAAGCAGCCAUGAAAGUAGCGUCGCUAUUCAAAUGAAAACUUUUCAGAAGACAAAUCAUGACCAUGAUGCCCCUUCUGACUCCUCACCUCCGACAAGCCGUCUAUCAGACACAACUGCUGAAAGAAGAUUUCAAUCCAUGAUACUACAAACUACCAGCACUGAUAUCGUUUCAUCCAUUAGAUCACGAUUCCAGACAGGCAAAUUUGUAUCAUCCGUGAACUUUGCAAUCCCAGACUCAAACACAAAAGCGAUUCAACCAGUAGACAAUAAUAUUAUACCAGGUAUAACAAUAGAUGACUACAUACAAGAGUACAAUUCAGGAUGUAAUGAUGACAACAAAAGCAUCUCGAAACCAUCAACACAAGCAAGAGAUAAAGGUUUGAAUGGCAUAGUUGAAUCUUUAAUAACAUCGGAAGCGUCAUCGUCCAAGGCAUGGGAUACGAUUCAUCGUUGUUAAAACAAGCUCUCACCAGACUAGUCCAAAACGACAAAACAAAACCUCGUCCGCAGGAUAUCAUGCAAGAAAUAUUUCUAAUUGAAGAUGAAUCGACUUCAAUUAAAUAGUUCUUUUUUAUUAUAAUAGUUUUGUUGUGUUUUUAAUAAAGUAAUUAAUUUAGAUACAUCAAUGUCCAAUAUGAAACUUAAUUUGCCAUUGAGAUAUCAAUUGAUUUAAUAUGUUUUAUCGUUUGUAAAUUGUAUCAUGAUUGUAGCACGGUUUCAAUUUGGCAACUCUUAGUCAAUUGUAUUGUAGUCCUAGUGUGUUACAUAUACACGAAUACUGCGUUUAUGAAGUGAUGAUAAACCAUUAUUGACUUAAGUUUCCCAGUGUUUAGUAGCAGCAUACAAAACGAUUCAGAUAUCUUUUUGACCAGCAUUUGAUGCAUAUAUCACAUGUACAUAAAUUGACCUUAUGAUCAAACUAAAGGACUAUUUUUCGUAAAACAAAUCGUCGAGAAUUUGUAAGCAUACGUAAAUUAUCAAUUCCUAGGUCAUUUCCUUGCGAAACCUUUGCACUUUAUCUUGAUACAGAGAAAAUGACAGACGUGUCUAGUAUUAAUUAUAUUUUUUUCAAAAACACAAACAUGGACAGAAGUAUGAAAUAAUUGAUGUAAUUAUUGAACUACUUUUGACAUUAUGCGGUUACUAUGAAUUAACCUGAUCCAUUUGACAUUCUCACGAUUACAUGUUUGCUUUAUAUAUAUGUAUUAAAAUUGAUUUGCCUUUGAAAUGAUGUAUGUAUUGUACUUACUUCAACCGCAAAAUGUUAUAGUUUAUGUAUGUUAAUGAUGAUGUGCUUGUUAUGCUUUAGUUAAAAUAAUCUCUUCUGUUCUGUUGUGUUCUGUUAUAAAAUAACGCACUCACUACAGCUGUCUGUAUGUUUUGUAAAAUUGUAGUUGCGUGUUUAUCAUACUAUAUGAUAUUAAAUGCUUAUUUUUUUGUAA